CUACAGAAAUUGUUUUCUUUGGGAGCUGGAGACCGACAACUGAUACAGACUCCUCUACAUGAUAGCCUUCCUGUUACAGGCACCAGUGUGGCUCUUCUCUUUCAGCAGCUGGGAAUCCAAAAUGUACUCAGCUUGUUCUGUGCCGUGCUUACAGAAAAUAAAGUUCUCUUUCACUCAGCAAGUUUUCAGAGGCUCAGUGAUGCCUGCAGGGCUCUGGAGUCUUUGAUGUUUCCUCUCAAAUAUAGUUAUCCGUAUAUUCCAAUUCUUCCUGCGCAGCUAUUGGAAGUUCUCAGUUCACCAACGCCUUUCAUAAUUGGUGUACAUUCUGUCUUUCGUAAUGACAUUCAUGAGCUUUUAGAUGUAAUCAUUGCAGAUCUGGAUGGAGGCACUAUUAAAAUUCCUGAAUGUAUUCAUCUUUCUCAGCUCCCAGAACCACUGCUACAUCAGACUCAAAUGGCACUUUCUCUAGUUUUGCAUCCUGAUUUGGAAACAGCAGAUUAUGCCUUCCCUCCCCCACGAACAGCUUUAUCGCACACGAAAAUGCUGGAUAAAGAAGUGCGAGCAAUUUUCCUUAGGCUAUUUGCACAACUUUUCCAAGGAUACCGAUCAUGCCUUCAGCUGAUCAGAAUUCACGCUGAGCCAGUCAUUCAUUUCCACAAGGCAGCCUUUUUGGGCCAGCGAGGCUUGAUUGAGAAUGACUUUCUAACCAAAGUUCUCAAUGGAAUGGCUUUUGCUGGUUUUGUGUCAGAGAGGGGUCCUCCCUUUAGAGCCUGUGAUCUUUUCGAUGAGUACAAAUAG